UUGUUCUACGUCUACAAGGCUUCCAUCUUGGAUGUUUCAUACAUGGACUGUCAGUUUUGUGUGAAAAAAAAAGUUUAUAUUUCGUUACUAAUUCGUGUUAAUAUUCGUUCGAUAGGCAAGAAGUGUUUUUAACUUUAUUUUGUGUGUUUUGUUGCAAAAAUACAGCAACAUGACGCAGCAGUUGCUUCCUAUAAAGUUCCAGGAACACUUACAGCUCACCAAUGUUGGUAUCAACGCUGCCAACAUCACAUUUGCCACUCUCACCAUGGAGAGUGACAAGUUCAUCUGCGUGAGAGAAAAGGUUGGUGAAAUAUCCCAGGUGGUCAUCAUCGACAUGGCUGAUACGUCCAAUCCCAUCCGUAGGCCUAUCACCGCAGAGAGCGCAAUUAUGAAUCCUGCUUCAAAAGUCAUUGCUCUCAAAGGUAUCGGUAAGGCAGGUGUGGAAACACAAAAAACACUCCAAAUUUUCAACAUAGAAAUGAAAUCCAAAAUGAAAGCACACACAAUGUCCGAAGAUGUUAUUUUCUGGAAAUGGAUCAGCCCUAACACUUUGGCUUUAGUCACUGAAACAUCCGUAUACCACUGGUCCAUGGAAGGAGAUUCGACUCCACAAAAAAUGUUUGAUAGACAUUCCUCUUUGAACGGUUGUCAAAUCAUUAACUACAGGACAGAUCCAAAACAAAACUGGCUACUUUUGGUUGGUAUCAGUGCUCAACAAUCUCGAGUCGUGGGAGCUAUGCAGUUGUACUCUGUGGAAAGAAAAUGCUCCCAACCAAUAGAAGGGCAUGCCGCCUCUUUUGCCACCUUUAAAAUGGAGGGUAAUCCCGAACCAUCGACUCUCUUCUGUUUCGCAGUGAGGACUCUGCAGGGUGGAAAGCUGCAUAUUAUCGAGGUUGGUCAAAGUCCUGCUGGUAACCAACCAUUUCCCAAAAAGACCGUUGAUGUAUUUUUCCCUCCGGAAGCACAAAACGACUUCCCAGUGGCUAUGCAAGUUUCCGCCAAAUACGAUGUCAUCUAUCUGAUAACCAAGUACGGAUACAUCCAUAUGUAUGAUAUUGAGAGUGCCACAUGCAUAUACAUGAAUCGAAUAUCGAGCGAAACCAUCUUUGUUACUGCCCCACAUGAAGUAUCUGGUGGUAUUAUUGGUGUUAAUAGAAGAGGUCAAGUCUUGUCAGUUUCCGUAGACGAAGAGAGCAUAAUUAGAUAUGUCAAUACAAUUCUUCAUAAUGCGGAUUUGGCGCUACGUAUGGCCAUCCGUAGCAACUUAGCAGGUGCAGAAGAACUAUUUGUCAGCAAAUUCCAGAUGCUUUUCCAAAAUGGACAGUAUGCUGAAGCAGCGAAAGUUGCUGCCAACGCACCAAAAGGUAUCUUGAGGACUCCUGCUACAAUCCAAAUGUUCCAACAAGUGCCAACUCAAGCUGGGCAGAAUAGUCCACUUCUUCAGUACUUCGGUAUACUUUUAGACCAGGGAAAGCUGAAUCGAUACGAGUCUUUGGAAUUGUGCAAACCGGUUUUGUUGCAAGGACGAAAACAGUUAUUGGAGAAGUGGUUGAAAGAAGAUAAACUGGAAUGUUCUGAAGAAUUAGGAGAUCUUGUCAAACAAGCUGAUCCUACUCUCGCUCUAUCUGUCUAUCUUAGGGCCAACGUACCAGCCAAGGUAAUUCAAAGUUUUGCUGAAACUGGACAGUUUCAAAAGAUUGUCCUCUACGCCAAGAAAGUAUCUUAUACUCCUGACUACAUAUUCUUGCUUCGCCAAGUUAUGCGUACGAAUCCUGAUCAAGGAGCAGCUUUUGCUGGUAUGCUGGUUGCUGACGAAGAGCCAUUAGCCGAUAUCAACCAGAUUGUAGAUAUUUUCAUGGAGCAGAACAUGGUUCAGCAGUGCACCGCAUUCUUGUUGGACGCUCUGAAGAAUAACAGGCCCACCGAGGGACAUUUGCAGACAAGGUUAUUGGAAAUGAAUCUGAUGUCAGCUCCUCAAGUAGCUGAUGCCAUUCUUGGAAACAAUAUGUUUACGCACUACGACAGGCCACAUAUUGCACAGCUCUGCGAAAAAGCCGGUCUGUUGCAACGAGCCCUCGAGCAUUACACUGAUCUGUAUGAUAUCAAACGUGCAGUUGUACAUACUCAUCUCCUACCCGCAGAUUGGUUAGUCAACUUCUUUGGCACACUGAGCGUCGAGGACAGCUUGGAAUGUUUGAAGGCAAUGCUUACUGCCAACAUCAGACAGAACCUGCAGAUAUGUGUUCAGAUUGCUACUAAGUACCACGAGCAGCUAACAACAAAGGCUUUGAUUGACUUAUUUGAGAGUUUCAAAAGUUACGAAGGUAUGUCAUCGUUACAUAAUUUCCUGGGUUCGAUAGUCAAUUUCUCUCAGGAUCAAGAAGUCCAUUUCAAAUACAUCCAAGCAGCUUGCAAGACAGGUCAAAUCAAAGAAGUAGAACGGAUUUGCAGAGAAUCCAACUGUUAUAAUCCUGAACGUGUCAAGAAUUUCUUGAAAGAAGCCAAGUUGACCGACCAACUGCCUCUAAUAAUUGUCUGCGAUCGUUUCGACUUCGUUCACGAUUUGGUUUUGUACUUGUACAGAAAUUCCCUUCAAAAAUAUAUCGAAAUUUAUGUCCAGAAGGUUAAUCCCAGUAGGCUACCGGUUGUUGUUGGCGGCCUCUUGGAUGUCGAUUGUUCCGAAGACAUUAUUAAAAACUUGAUACUUGUCGUGCGAGGUCAGUUCUCCACCGACGAGCUGGUCGAAGAGGUAGAAAAAAGGAACAGGUUGAAAUUACUUCUUCCCUGGUUGGAGAGUCGAGUUCAUGAAGGUUGUGUAGAACCGGCUACACACAAUGCUCUAGCGAAAAUUUAUAUUGAUUCAAAUAAUAAUGCCGAGAGAUUCCUCAAAGAAAACCAAUGGUAUGAUUCACGUGUGGUAGGAAGAUAUUGUGAGAAACGUGAUCCUCACUUGGCGUGUGUAGCAUACGAACGUGGUCAGUGUGAUAGAGAACUGAUUGCUGUAUGUAAUGAGAACUCUUUGUUCAAGUCUGAAGCUCGUUAUUUGGUGCGCAGGCGUGAUGGCGAAUUGUGGGCUGAAGUACUUCAAGAGAGCAACCCAUACAGACGUCAGUUAAUUGAUCAGGUUGUUCAGACUGCUCUGAGCGAAACUCAAGAUCCUGAAGACAUUUCUGUAACUGUUAAGGCAUUCAUGACAGCCGAUCUACCUAAUGAACUGAUAGAAUUGUUAGAAAAAAUCGUUCUUGACACCUCUGUUUUCUCUGAACACAGAAAUCUACAGAAUCUUCUCAUCCUUACUGCUAUCAAAGCCGAUGCCACUAGGGUUAUGGAUUAUAUAAAUCGUUUAGACAACUACGAUGCUCCUGACAUUGCGAACAUCGCUAUUAACAAUCAUUUGUACGAAGAGGCUUUUGCCAUUUUCAGAAAGUUCGAUGUGAACACCUCGGCUAUUCAAGUUCUUAUUGAACAAGUGAACAAUUUGGAUCGUGCAUACGAGUUUGCAGAACGCUGUAAUGAGCCUGCCGUUUGGAGUCAGUUGGCCAAGGCACAGCUCAAUCAAGGCUUGGUCAAAGAAGCAAUUGACUCUUACAUCAAAGCCGAUGAUCCCUCUGCCUAUAUGGCAGUCGUCGAGACUGCCUCCCAAAACAACAGCUGGGAAGAUUUAGUACGCUAUUUACAAAUGGCCAGAAAGAAGGCAAGAGAAAGCUACAUUGAAUCUGAGCUCAUAUAUUCCUAUGCCAAGACAGGUCGCCUAGCCGAUCUAGAGGAAUUCAUCAGUGGUCCAAAUCACGCUGACAUACAGAAGAUUGGAGAUAGAUGCUUUGAUGACAAGAUGUAUGAUGCUGCCAAGUUGCUUUACAACAAUGUAUCGAACUUUGCCAGACUAGCAAUCACUUUGGUGCAUCUCAAAGAGUUCCAAGGAGCAGUAGAUAGCGCUCGUAAAGCUAAUAGUACAAGAACAUGGAAGGAGGUCUGUUUCGCUUGCGUAGAUGCCGAAGAAUUCAGAUUGGCUCAGAUGUGCGGAAUGCAUAUCGUUGUUCAUGCCGAUGAGUUGCAAGAUUUGAUCAACUAUUAUCAGGACAGAGGAUAUUUCGAGGAGUUGAUUGGAUUGUUAGAAGCUGCCUUGGGACUAGAAAGGGCUCAUAUGGGCAUGUUCACUGAGUUGGCUAUAUUAUAUUCGAAAUAUAAACCAGCCAAGAUGCGGGAACAUCUGGAAUUAUUCUGGUCGAGGGUUAAUAUUCCGAAAGUUCUUAGAGCUGCUGAACAGGCACAUUUGUGGGCCGAACUAGUAUUUUUGUAUGACAAAUACGAAGAGUAUGAUAAUGCUGUCCUGGCUAUGAUGGCGCAUCCAACUGAGGCAUGGCGUGAAGGUCAUUUCAAGGAUAUCAUUACAAAGGUGGCCAAUAUCGAGCUAUACUAUAAAGCAAUUCAAUUCUAUCUAGAUUACAAACCUUUGCUGUUGAAUGAUUUGUUGCUGGUUCUUGCUCCAAGGAUGGAUCACACUAGGGCUGUUUCAUUCUUUUCUAAAACAGGUCACUUACAACUUGUGAAAUCAUAUUUGCGGUCAGUGCAGAAUCUAAACAAUAAAGCAAUCAAUGAAGCUCUCAAUUCACUCCUUAUAGAAGAAGAGGACUUCCAGGGUUUGAGAACAUCCAUUGACGCUUUUGACAAUUUCGACAACAUUGGGUUGGCACAAAAGUUAGAGAAACAUGAGUUGACGGAAUUCAGACGGAUCGCUGCUUAUCUCUACAAGGGAAAUAACAGGUGGAAGCAGAGUGUUGAAUUGUGCAAAAAGGACAGACUUUUCAGGGAUGCUAUGGAGUAUACUGCAGAAUCGAGGAAUCAGGAAUUGGCCGAAGAAUUGUUGGCCUGGUUUUUAGAAAGGAAGGCCUAUGACUGUUUCUCAGCAUGCUUAUAUCAGUGCUACGAUUUAUUACGGCCUGAUGUCAUUCUCGAGCUUGCAUGGAAACACAAAAUAAUGGAUUUUGCCAUGCCCUAUCUUAUUCAAGUAACAAGAGAGCUGACGACCAAAGUAGAGAAACUAGAACAAUCUGAAGCAGAAAGACGGAACGAAGCUGCUGAAGAAACGAACAAACCCAUGAUGAUACCCGAACCUCAGCUCAUGCUAACUGCCGGUCCAGGAAUGGGCAUACCGCCUCAGCAAUAUGUGCCGCCCCAAGCGUAUCCUCAACCUGGUUAUGCUCCCCAAAUGCCCUACCAAGGUUAUCCUGGCAUGUAAUAUAAGGCCCCACUCUUCAACCAAGUUUACAGAAGGGUCUGAUCUGUAAUUGUCCAGACAAUUGAUUUGGAGGAGAUAGUGCUUCGGAACAAUAGUGAAGGUCUUACUAUUACGAAUUAGAUGUGUAAAAUAUUUCUAAUAGAAAGGUGGAUGUAAAUUUGAUCAAGUUAAUAGGCUGGGAAGUAACAAAAGAAUAAUUUAUACAUUGAUGUCAGUAGUAGACACAUCUGGAAGUUUCAGCAUGCUACUAUAAAGUAUGUCGUAUCUAGAUUUUUUUAUCAAUAUGUUGAUAAUUGAGAUUAUUGAAAAAGUAUUACAUUUUAAAUAGUGUUGGCACUAAUUGGCAAAAAUCAUGUGAAGAGGAAUUUACAUUCAUCUUUCGAUCACUAGCAGAAGAGUUAUAUGUUUUGUGUUCUACACAAAAUGCCUACAACUUAUAGUUAAAAACAAUAAAUUCACCAUCGUUGACCUAAAUUUGCGGUUUUUUCUGGAAGUUUGCUUUCUUUUAUCAAAUAAAUAUUGAUUUUUAUGUUUUAGUUGAAUCAAAACACAUUUGUUGCAUUAAUUUCUAAGAAUGUAUAUAUACUAUAACGUAAAUGCACUUAUACUAGUAUGUAUAUAAUCCAAUUUGUUUUAUCGUACUAUUAUCCCACUUUUGUUUUGUAGCCUUUUUAUCAUUCCUUAUUUAAAUAUAGAUAUAUGUAUAUGCCGAAAAUGUUUAUUAACUUAUUACAUUGAAUAUCGACAGUGCUUUGCCAAUAUCCAUGUGUGAUUUCUGAAAUUGCUAUUCAAAUAAAUUUUCUAAAAAAAAGGUGGAUAUUGGUGAAUAUAUAUGGAGAAUAUAACACUUUUUUUAUUAGGCAAUUAUUAGUAUUUUUCCUGUUAAAAUAUAAAGCUAUGAGAUAU